AUGCAAGCAACAUCGUCCGACCUAGCCUCCUUGACAGCUUCAGUAGCAGAGGACCUUAAAUCACACAUCACCAGCUCGAGCUCGACCGCGCACCCAUCCCGCGACGACCUCCUACGUCCCGCUCAAGCUCUCUGCGACGUGUUCGCAUCCGCCGCACCACCCGACGACAUCCUCACGCACUUUUCUUCCAAUCCCACCGCAAUCGAACAUGGAGACCCCUCUCUUCUGCCCGAGCUAAAGCUGGGCACACCCUACACAGGAAUUAAUGGCGUGUCGGGGUACUUCAACACCAUCGCGAGUCUGUUCAGCUUCGAGAACAUGCGGUUCUCUGACUGGAGCGUCGAUACGGAGGAGAAAGUGGUCUGCGUGAGAGGGAGGGCGAGGUUCAGUUGGAAGAGUACGGGGCAGGGAUGGGACGAGGUGUUCUUCUAUAGGCUUGCCAUGGUCGAGGAGAAGGAUGAAUGGAAGGUCGGGACGUAUGAGGUGUGGGCGGAUACGGGCGCCGCGGUCAGAGCGAGCGAGGGGGAGCUCAGGCAAUGA